AAAAGUUUGGAACUUUGGUGAAACCUUUCCAUUACAACGCAAAUCUACCUGAACGUUUCAUCUCAACUGAUAGUGUGACGUUGAUCGCGAAUAGUGACGUAUGCUGUAUGUGUAUAUUACCACUUGCAUUUGAGUAGCAGUAGCUACUGAGGCAGACGCGUGGCUAGACGUGACACUUUUCUCGUGUGGACAGUGUGCAAUAACUUGUCGACCAGACAACAGAAGAAAAUGACCGUGAAUGAGGAUCUGAAGUUUGAACGAAGUAAAUGUACGUUCAAACCUAUAGAAUUAACUUAUUUGUUAGAUGGCAGCCCAGAGAAGACGCAAGAACGUCGUGAACGAGAAGAGUAUUUCUUGACUGAUCCAGAACUUCAAGACAAAAUACCAGUAAAGUACAAGAGUCACAAAGAGGUAUAUGAAGAUGCUGUGCGAAAAGCAUGUAAGAUCAUAGAAAAAAUUAGAGAGUUACAACAGUCAGGAAAAGCAAAUAUAAAUGUUUUUACACAUGUUCUGGGAGCAAGUCUUGGUUCUGCUAUAUUAAAAGAUGGAAAUCCAUUGGUGGUGCAUUAUGCCAUGUUUCUCCCAGCUAUUAUGGGACAAGGAACCACAAAGCAGCAGGCACAUUGGAUGUCUAGAUCUUGGAGUGGCAAUAUUAUUGGAACAUAUGCUCAAACUGAACUUGGCCAUGGUACGUUUAUCAGAGGUUUAGAAACUACGGCGACGUACGACCCCAAAACGAAAGAAUUUGUUUUGAAUAGUCCAACUUUAACAUCUUACAAAUGGUGGCCAGGCGGCUUGGGUCAUACUGCAAAUUAUGCAAUAGUGGUUGCACAAUUAUACACACAAGGAGAAUGCAGAGGAAUUCAUCCUUUUAUUGUACAAUUAAGAGACGAAAAUACACACGAACCCUUACCGGGCAUUAAAAUUGGAGAAAUUGGUACGAAAUUAGGAAUGAACGGUGUCAACAACGGUUUUCUCGGGUUCGAGAAUUUCAGGAUACCGCGGCAGCACAUGCUGAUGAAAAACUCUCAGGUUUUAGAGGAUGGAACGUACGUAAAAGCACGUAACGACAAGCUGACGUACGGUACAAUGGUGUUCGUUCGAGUAGUAUUAGUACACGAUAUUGUAAGUUAUUUAUCGAAAGCUGUCACGAUUACCACUCGAUACAGUUUGGUGAGACGUCAGGGUCAAAUUAAUUCUGAAAAGCCCGAAGUACAAAUUUUAGAUUACGUAACACAGCAAUACAAAAUUUUCCCACACCUCGCUGCAUGUCUCGCAUUUAAAAUGACCGCGAAUUGGAUCUGGGAUAUGUACAAUACAGUUACUGCUGAAUUAGAUCAGGGUGACUUGGACAAGCUGCCAGAGUUGCAUGCUUUGUCAUGUUGCCUGAAAGCAGUUGCAUCUGCAGAUGCAGCAGCUGGAGUAGAGCAAUUACGGUUGUCCUGCGGAGGACACGGAUACAUGGACGCUAGUAAUCUUCCUGCAACUUAUGGUUUAGUCACAGCUAUCUGUACCUACGAAGGAGAAAAUACCGUUUUACUGUUGCAAACAGCUAGAUACUUGGUGAAAGCAUGGAAGCAAGCUGUCAGUGGUCAGCCAUUACCAGCCACUGUACAGUACCUUACAAUUUUAGCGAAAGGAAUAAAACAACGUCCUUGGGAGAACACUUUGGACUGUAUAAUCGAAGCUUUUCACACAGUGGCUGCUGAAACAAUUCGUUCAGCAACGAUGAACAUGGAACGUAGAAUACGCAAUGGCGCCACUCCGGAAGACGCGUGGAAUCAGACCAGUAUUGAAUUAAUGUACUGCGCGGAGGUUCAUUGUCGAGCGUUCCUCGUGAAAAGAUUUGCGGAAGCUGUUAGGGAAGUAACUUCGGUGUCUCAAGAAUUACGUCAAGUAUUGUCUCAAUUGUGCGAGUUGUACGCCAUAUAUUGGCUCUUGCAGAAACGUGGUGACUUCCUUCAAUUUUCUUCUUUGAGAGGCAAGGAUGUCUUCAAGCUUCAGUCACGUCUGGAAGAUUUACUACAAAUGAUCCGUCCAAAUGCUGUAGGCAUCGUGGAUGGUUUCGACAUUAGGGACGAAAUCCUUUGCUCUGCUUUGGGCGCUUACGAUGGCAAUGUUUACGAACGACUGUUUGCCGAAGCCAUGAAGAGUCCCUUGAAUCAGGAGAGCGUAAACAUAUCUUUCGAGAAAUAUUUGAAGCCUUUCUUCAAGAGCAAUCUAUAA